UGCAGACACCAAGGUUUACUUUUCUUCCUAAACCGUUUGAAAGGGAGCUCUGUUCAGGAUAAAUCAAGACUAGUCAGCUCUUAGUCGACAUUCAAAACAGGUUGUUUGACUUUUUCAUAAUCUUGUAACCGAGGAAGUCAAACUCCAAGGCAGUGCACUCAAGGUCACGCAGUGUGUGCAUUUGUGAUGUUCUCUAGUGGUUGUAAUCUCACAAAGUUGAGAACCAACAUCAAACUUUGUAUCCAACGACUUGAGUAUGUACAAAAGAAAAAGUCGGAAAUAUCAAAGAAAAAUCGUCGGGAUAUCGCAGACCUUCUUAAAGAUGGCAAAAUUGACAGGGCCCGUAUUAAAGUUGAACAAAUCAUACGGGACGACUAUUGUGUUGAAGCCAUGGAUAUCAUACAGUCCUAUCUGGAGACUAUAAAUGAGCGUUUCGGGCUAGUACAGGAUUCAAAAUUGGCAGAUGCAUCUCUCGAAACGCCAAUUGCAACAGUAUUAUGGUGCAAAUCACGCAUGAAAAACGAAAUCAAGGAACUUGACGUAAUUUUUGAUCAGCUUUCGGCUAAGUUUGGCAAGAGCUACGUUCAUGACUGCUGUGAAAAAGCGACUAUGGUCAACCGCACUGUUAUGUCGAAAUUAAAUUCUAUUGUGCCCGGAGCAAAUUUGGUCGAAAUGUACUUGGUUGAAAUUGCGAAAAGUUAUGAUGUCCCAUUUGUUCCUGAUACGCAUGUUAUACUAGAUAAUAACGUACCAGGUCCUGAUGAUAACUUAAUUGAAUUCAAAUCUGAGUGUUCUGGUGGUUUACCUAGCAUACCUCCGAAUUUUGGAGCCUGCAGCAUGCCCUGGCCGACCCCAUCAAUGUCAGAGAAAGCUCCUUAUCCUACGGACUUUAUCAACGAUCCUGGUGCUCACCCAUCUAUGCCGCCAAGUGAACCAUCAGUCCCAGGUACAAGUAAAACCAAUGAAGAUAUCGUAAUGCCUCCGCCAUAUGAUAUAACUAUGUCCAAUGAUCAGAGUGGUGUAAUGCCUUAUAAUUAUGGUGGUGCUGGAUCCAUGCCACCACAGAAUAGUUUUGGCAUGCUGCCACCUCAAGAUGGUUUCAAUAUGCUGCCACCAAUGAAUAGACCUGACAAUAUAGGUCUUCCAGAUGAUGAGAAAGCAGAUUUCGAAAGUUUGGCUGAACGUUUUGAAAGAUUGAAAAAAAAGUAAUACUUAUUAGCCUGUCCAUUAUUUUUACCACCACCUAUUAUUGAUGCGAAAGUUUAAAAUCCUAUUAUUCAGAUCUUAACCGUGGAACCUGGUUAAAAAUCUAAUACUUUCUACGUUGUAGAUCUCCAUUUUUUAAACGAUAAUUCAUAUAUAUAUAUAAUCCUAAUUAUAGAGACUUUACUAUAUUUAUCUCUGCAUAAUAAGACUAAAUACUUAUCUUCUUUUGUUUUUAUAAAAAGGCAAUAAAAUUUUUUUACUGAAAAUGGGUUAUCAUAUACAGCUCACCCGAUGAAAUUGAUGGUUACUAGUGCUCACAUUUGCUAUCUUUUGCUGAGAGGUAUUUGACAAUUUAAAAAAGAGUACUUCACUAACUGUGGUAUCUUGACUAGUUUCUGGCAUAUUCGAAUUAACACAGAAAUUACAUUGGCUCUAAUGGAAGUGAUGUAUCCACGUAGCCAAAUGAUCACAAAUAUGUAUGAAAGUUUCAAUAAUGUAAGCAGAAAACUUGAGACUAUGAUAAUAUGCAAUUGUAGAUUGCUUCGUUUUUCAAAUAUUUUGCAUAGUAAAAUAGUGUCAAUCACUGGAUGACGUUUCAGAGACAAUUUAUUGUUGAUAUUCACGUCAAAAGUAACUCCACAGCUUUCACAUUGUUUUUUUUAUACUUCCAUUUGUUUUCACUGAUUUGUGUUAUGGACUGUAGAAAUUCCAAGAUAUUCGAAAUAUUUGAGUCUUUUCCUUUGCAUUUGUUUCGAUAAACGGCAUCAGUUAUUAUUCAAUCAAUUGUUUUCGAAACGUCAUCUGGCAAUUAGUACGGUUUCACUUCAUGGAAUAUUCCACAGGCAAAAUAACUUGCGAUUUGAAGUUGUGCUUAUGAAGUCAUUACA